AUGGGCAUCUUCAAGAGACUUUUCGGUGGAUUCGGGGUCAAGAAGAAGGUCCGGAUUGUAGUGGUCGGACUUGACAACAGCGGCAAAACCACUGUCCUCAAUGCGUUGAAGCCCAAGAAGGCCACGUUGGAAACGGUGCCAACCGUGGGUUUCAACACGGAGGAGUUUCAGAAGCAUGGCGUUAACUUUUCUGCGCUAGACAUGUCUGGACAGAGUCGAUAUCGAAAUCUGUGGGAACAUUACUAUGGUGAGGUGGAGGGCAUCAUUGUGGUUAUCGAUUCCACGGACAAACUGCGUUUCGCCGUCGUCAAGGAUGAGCUGGAAACCAUGCUCGCAGACCCUAGAAUAGCUGAGAAGAAGAUGCCCAUCUUGUUCCUCAACAACAAGGUUGAUCAGCCCGCAGCCUCGCCACCGCAGGAGACAAUGCAGGCACUAGGCCUCGACCGCAUCACCGACAGGCCGUGGCAACUCUUUUCCUGUGACGCCCUCAAAGGCGAUGGGGUUGAGGAGGCAAUAAAGUGGCUAGCGGAAAACAUGACCAAGUGA